UAAUUUCACACAGUUUAAGAACUGCCAUAAACAAUUUUUAAUUUAAUUCCUUCAAGUUACAGAACAAGGGUGUAUAUUUCAAGCACCUCUUAUCCCCUUUCUUAAGUGUUUUUUCAGGCCUUUGCAUCAUGGGAUUACAGUAUACCAACUUUUUUGAGGAGGAAGAUUAUGAGUCUAGUGACACCCAAAUCAUUGUCUGCGCUGAGUGCUCAUGCCAUUUGUGUUUAUCCAGCUUGGUUAUAAGCGACUCUUUCAGCAGCAUCUCCGGCCAAGCAUACUUUGUGGACAAGCUCAUCAACAUUUCGGCUGACAAGGAGAUUGAAGAGACGCAAAUGAGGACAGGGCUUUAUUGGGUCAAGAAGAUUAGAUGCCACCAGUGUAUGAAUGUAUUGGGGUGGAGCUACGUGAAGUCUGCCAGUUCUAGAGAGAGCUAUAAGGUUGGGAAAUUUGUCAUUGAAGAUGCGUACAUUCGGUUCAUUGACAAUAAUUCAUCUACCAAGAACUUGAUAGAGUUGACCAAACAAAACUACCGUAGACGUUUAAGUUCCAAUUCCACCUUGGUUGAAGAAGACGAGUUCAAGUUUGGCGACUUGAAGUGCUUAAAUCGGUUACGGUUGCAGAACGUCAAGGAGUUGGAAAAUGAAUCGGACGCCGAUGUGUUGGUGGAUUAUUAGGCUGGCAAUUGCACAUAUAUAUACUUUUAGAGAAUGGCCACAAGGAGGGUUUUUUGGGUAUGGAUGACCUGUUGGCACGGUUAGGGAUAUGGAUAACCAGAUGGCAUGGAUGCCGGGUUUGGUAGGACUAGUUAAUAGGUUAAUAAAUAAAUU